AUGGAAAAAGGAAUUUUUUUCAAAGUUUUAAUUUUGAAUGUGAUAUUGCAAAUUUCUAUAGCUUCAAUUUGUAAACUCUUUAAUUAUGAUAAUAUUGAUGAAUUAUGGGAUUUGACAAUUAUUCAUACAAAUGACGUUCACUCCAGAUACGAACAGAUAAAUGAUGCUUCAACUGAUUGUACUAAAGAGCAAGAAAUGAAACUCAAAUGUUAUGGAGGAAUUGCAAGGCAGAAAACUGUCAUUGAUAAUCUAAGGAAGCAAAAUAAAAACAGUUUAUUAUUAGAUGGUGGUGAUCAAUUCCAAGGGAAUUUAUUCUUUACUUAUUAUGAUGGACUCGUUAAUUCAAAAGCCAUGAAUUUACUUGGAUACAAUGUUACAGGAAUUGGUAAUCAUGAAUUUGACAGAGGACCAAAAAUUCUUGCAGAACAUCACUCCAGAUUAAACUUUCCAGUUGUUUGUUCUAAUGUUAACGCAACAUUAAAUCCAAAUUUUGCUAAAAAUAUUAAACCAUAUCAUAUUUUUGAAGAAUACAAUCUGGCUGUUAUAGGCUAUAUAACUGACACGGCUGGUGGUAUUUCUAAUUCAGGUUCAACUUUGGAAUUUUAUAAUCCAAUUCCAAUCGUACAGCAUUAUGUUGACGAGCUGAGAUCAAAAGGAAUUAAACGAAUUUUGACAGUGUCACACAAUGGCUAUGUUCCUGAUAAAGAAUUAGCUGCAAAAACUCAUGGCGUUGCAGUACAUAUUGGUGGUCAUAGUCACACAUUAUUAUUAAAUGACACAACAUCGAAAGAUUAUGCCUAUGCGCAAGGCCCAUAUCCAACCUUAAUUAAGAAUGCCAAAGGUGAAGAUACAUUGGUUGUUCAAGCAUAUUGGUCUGGUAAAUACAUGGGACAUCUCGAUGUUUCAUUGGAUAAAGAAGGUAGAGUAAAAAGUUAUUCAGGUGCUCCAAUUCUGCUCAAUCAAUCAAUACCUCAAGAUCCCAAUCUCGACAAGUUGGUAAAGGAAUGGAAGCUACCAUUUGAAAAUUAUACCAAAACUGUGAUUGGCCGAGCUGAAAGUGCUUUUGAUCAAAAAGCUUGUCAAUUGAAAGAAUGUGAGAUGGGAAAUUUGUUGACUGAUUCUAUGCUUUGGGCCAGAAAAGAUGUUCCGUUUGCCUUUGUUAACUCUGGUAGUAUCAGAUCAGGUCUAUCAAAAGGUAAUAUAACAAUAGAAUAUGUUAAAACCAUUUUACCAUUUGGUAAUUCAUUGGUUGAAAUUGAUGUCACUGGUCAAAAUAUAACUGAUAUGUUGGAAAGCGCUGCCAGCAGACUUCGAAAUAUAAUAAGCAAUAAACCAGUGACAAGUUUCAUACAAGUUAGUGGACUUAAAUUUAAAUACGAUUCCUCCAAGAAAGUUUAUGAAAGAAUUUUGGAGGUAAAAAUCAGAAAUCCAAACAACAAUGAUAAUUAUGAAGAUUUGGAUUUAAAUAAAACUUAUAAAGCUCUGACACUUGACUUUAUAGCUAAUACAGGAGAUGGAUUGCUUCCUUACCCAACUAAAACAAUUGAACUCGAAGCCAUUGAUUCUACAUUGCAAAAUUAUAUAUCAAAAUCAAAAGUAAUUAAACCAUUCAUCGAAGAUCGUAUAAUAGAUGUAGCUCAAAAGCUUCAAUUAGUUGAAAAUCAAUUAUCAAUUCACGAACCAAUUCAUUUCGGAUACACAAAAUACUCUCCACAAGAAGCAAAUCAACAAUAG